AUGUUCACCAAGAUCGCCACAAGAUCGUUCUCAAGCACUUCUGCUUCUGCCUACAAAGUCGCCGUGUUGGGUGCUAAUGGAGGAAUUGGCCAGCCUCUUUCUUUGUUGUUGAAAUUAAACCACAAGGUCACCGACUUGUCGUUGUACGAUUUGAAGGGUGCCCCCGGUGUUGCUGCCGAUGUUAGCCACAUUCCAACCCACUCCACCGUGAGAGGUUACAACCCUGAAAACUUGAAGGAGGCAUUGACCGGAGCUGAUGUCAUUGUCAUUCCUGCCGGUGUUCCAAGAAAGCCCGGUAUGACCAGAGAUGAUUUGUUCAACACCAACGCUUCCAUUGUUCGUGACUUGGCCAAGGCUGCUGCUGACCAUGCCCCCAAUGCUGCUGUGUGUAUCAUUUCCAACCCAGUCAACUCCACCGUGCCAAUUGUCGCCGAGGUGUUCAAGUCCAAGGGUACCUACAACCCUAAGAAAUUGUUCGGUGUCACCACUUUAGAUGUGUUGAGAGCCUCCAGAUUCGUCGCUGAAGUUGCCAACACCAACCCAGUUCACGAAAAAGUGACUGUUGUCGGUGGACACUCUGGUGUUACCAUUGUGCCAUUGUUGUCUCAAACCAACCACAAGUCUUUGGACGCCGAGACCAGAGAUGCUUUGAUCCACCGUAUCCAAUUCGGAGGUGACGAGGUUGUCCAAGCCAAGAAUGGAGCUGGUUCCGCUACUUUGUCUAUGGCCCAAGCUGGUGCUAGAUUCACCGGAGCUGUCUUGGACGGUUUGGCUGGUGAGAACGAUGUUGUCGAGCCAUCUUUCGUCGACUCUCCAUUGUUCAAGGACGAGGGUGUUGACUUCUUCGCUUCCAAGGUGACUUUGGGAACUGAGGGUGUCAAGAAGGUUCACUCAUUGGGUGAGUUGUCUGGUCACGAAGAAGAAUUGAUCAAGACUGCCAAGGAGACUUUGAUCAAGAACAUCCAAAAGGGUGUUGAGUUUGUCAAGCAAAACCCUUAA